GAAUAACAAAUUAUAAUAGGCAAUCCAAUUAAUUUGGAUACAAUUAUAAAAUAUCAAGCAUGAAUGAUAACGUUUUUUGCGAAAAAUCAGUAUCUACUGGAAAAAUGCAUACUGAUGACGAUGUGGCAAAAUGGUCAAUUGUCCACUUUGAAACAGACGAAGACGAAGAUAUUGAAAGUUUCAACGAUCUUAUUCCGUCUUCGUGGAUUACGACGACGGGGACAUUAUGUUGGUAUCCUAUGACUGAACAUCAAGCGACUGUACAGAAAUUAGUAAAACAGUGUGCAAAGGCUAAUUCGGAGUGGAAUUGUUUUGCCAUCAAGACAAUAGAAGAAGACAUUGGGAAGUAUGAUCAGAAAAUGAAAAUGCUGGUCAAAUUUUCCAAAAAUCCUAAUGCCACGCUAUACUCAGAUUUUGAAGAAAAAGGGAAAAGAAAACGAUUGAGAGAACCGAUUAAGUAUUUUGACGAUAAAUCUGACAAUGACAAGAAAAAAAUUAACACAAAAAGACGAAAUAUACAAUCGAUACCACCACUACCAAAAUUAGCGAAUGCGAGCAAUUCGGCGCAGGCAAGUGAGCCUGUCAAAGUGAAUAAAAUGAUAAAAUCGUCAUGCGUAGAUAAAGCUUCAUCUUCAGAUAAUAAUGUAAAAAAGCCAAAACUCUUAUGUCACACAUGA